CAGGACGCAAUUGCCGUACGUAACCUGACCGGCAUGGCAUCUCGCUAGGUAUGAACGAUUCAGUUCUUCCAUCAUCCACUGCAUCACGGUUUCAGGCACUGCUUAGCAACAGUGGCAUCUCCAACGAUACUGACCUGAAUCCGGACGUCAAUUCUCUGACCACGUCACGUCAACGGCAAUCAGACGACAAACAGCCCGAAUCAGUGGACGGCCUCGCUCUCGCUACCCGAGUACCUGGCUUGGCGAAAACCACCUACCGGUUAUAGGUAGUUGAGGCAGGUCGAGGUAUACAUAUGAUGGAUAAUAUGGGAUCCAAAGUCCGCAUGGUUCAACCUUGGGUCGGGUCCUGUGCUAGUCUCCGCAGUGCUUGUCCCCCGCUAUGCAAGUGCAACGUUGCCGGGUGACGGCGGUUCGGCAUCAUCAUCACAGACACUUCCAGGCUCAGCUCCUCGCUCAUUACCAUAAUCUCGGACUAACUGACCUGUACUGGGUUUCGUUCGGGUGCAUUAUCUAUGGGCCGAACCGGUGUUGCGCCAUCCGAGUUGCCCAGACUGGCGGACCAUCAUACAAGAACAAGAUGAUGUCGACCUCUCUCUCUCUCAUCUCGUACCCAACACUUUCAGGCUACCCAUGUAGGCCAUUACCAAAGUCCACCUUCAGCGUUUCCGUGACCAUCGUAUGACCAAGAGGAGUGCUCAUAUGGGUCGGAUCAAUGUACUUCACCUUCCGGCUAAAUUACUGUGCCUGGCUGAGCGUCAUGGGCUGUCCCAGGCGAAUGCAGAGCUCUUGGGACAUCUGCUCCACCCUUGACGGAUUAAUUUAUCUCUCAUGUUGGAGGAAUCCAAGAAUUAGGCCAUGUUCACCUCCUAAGCCGUCGGAAUCAGCAGACGCCAGGGCUGGAUGCCUGACGCUGCAGGGCAUUUGGCGUGAGCUCCAAGUUCUGGCCCUGACCAACAUGUACGGAUGGGCCACGGAUUCGGUCCAGGCUCCAUGGUGUGGGCGUCCACAGUCGUUACCACUAGUCGGGAUAAUAUUGAUGGACGAGAGAGGUCUGAAAUGUCUAGACAUGUCAACGUCUGGUGUUUAAUUGUGUUGGGGGCUUCAAUGUGUAGUGGAUGGAGAUGUCCUCUAAAUGCUCCAAAGCAAGGGCAGUCAACCAGAUCUGAUUUUGAGCGCCAACCAACCGCUCUCUCUGUCUACCAGCCGCUGCGGCGUUUGGAAAGGCACGGGACAGGGACCAACAUCCCGGCUUCCGGUGAUUACUUAGCGAUAAACAACAGUUUGCCUGUGACGCCACAACCCGGCUUCUCCGUAGUUCAACAAAACCAAGCAAUGGCCUAUUCUAU